CUGGAACUCACUGAAGCUACAGUCUGCCCAGCUGAGGUCAGAAGCAAUUUUCUUUUUUGGCAGAAGUGGAGACAUUUAUAAAAGCCAUGCCUGUGCUUGGGGUUGCCUCAAAGCUAAGGCAGCCACCUAUAGGGUCAAAGCCUGUUCAUACUGCCCAUCCGAUACCAAAUCUUGGCACAAGCGGGCCGCAGCAAUAUUCAUCAAAGUCUUUGGAGCUUCCUAGGGCAGAGAGCUCAAUGCUUGCUUGUCAGUUUACAUUAAAGUCAGCUUGUGAUUUUGGAGAAGCAAAAGCACUCCAAGGAAAAACCAAGGACACAGAAGAUAGCAAGAUUUACACUGACUGGGCUAAUCACUAUCUAGCAAAAUCUGGCCACAAGCGGCUGAUCAAGGACUUGCAACAAGACAUUGCUGAUGGAGUUCUGCUAGCAGAAAUCAUCCAAAUCAUUGCAAAUGAAAAGGUUGAAGAUAUCAAUGGCUGUCCACGAAGCCAGUCUCAAAUGAUUGAGAAUGUUGAUGCCUGCCUCAGCUUUCUCGCAGCCAGAGGAGUAAAUGUCCAAGGUCUUUCUGCAGAAGAAAUAAGGAAUGGAAAUUUGAAAGCCAUUUUAGGGCUCUUUUUCAGUUUGUCUCGUUAUAAACAGCAGCAACACCAACAGCAACAGUACUAUCAGUCCUUGGUAGAGCUCCAGCAGCACGUCUCUCAUUCUCCACCUCCCACUGAGAUUGGCCAGCCCAAAACACAGCAAGAUAUGCAGUCCAGUCUGACAGCCAGAUAUGCAACUCAGUCUAAUCACAGUGGAAUUGCAACCAGUCAAAAAAAGCCUUCUAGGCUUCCCGGACCCUCAAGGGUGCCAGCUGCAGGCAGCAGUACCAAAGUUCAGGGAGCCUCAAACUUAAAUCGAAGAAGUCAGAGCUUUAAUAGCAUUGACAAAAACAAGCCUCCACAAUAUGCAAAUGGAAAUGAAAAAGAAUCACCCAAAGGUCCUCACCCAUCUGCAGGCAUGAAUGGAAAUGCACAGCAUCCCACCAGCACUGGGCAGCAGCCGGUCUCUGCCAUCCCUUCUCCAAGUGCCAGCAAGCCUUGGCGCAGCAAAUCCAUGAAUGUCAAACAUAGUGCCACCUCUACCAUGCUGUCUGUCAAACAGCCUAGUCCUGCAACUUCCCCCACGCCAUCUUCAGAUAGGUCUAAGCCACCCCUUUCUGAAGGACCCAAAACACCUUCAUCUGGGCAGAAAUCCAUGCUAGAGAAAUUCAAGCUGGUUAAUGCAAGGACUGUUUUGCGGGCUCCCUUGUCAUCAAGUUCAGGUCCCAGUGACACUGGGAGGGAUGAGGAGACCUUCUUGGAUUGUGGAGAAAUGGAUGGCUUUAGUGGAGGGCUCAACAGUGGUGGUUCCACCACCACCAGCAGCCCUAAAAUCUCACCGAAACUUACCCCUCCAAAAGCUGGAAGCAAAAAUCUCAGCAAUAAAAAGUCUUUGCUACAGCCAAAGGACAAAGAUGAAAAGAGCAGGGACAAAAAUAAAGUUUGCACUGAGAAGCCAGGAAAGGAAGAAAAGGACCCGGCCGCAGAGACACCUGCAAAAAAGACCUCAAAAAUCGCAAGCCUGAUCCCCAAGGGGAGCAAGGCUACAUCAGCCAAGAAGGAAAGUUUAAUACCUUCAUCAAGUGGGAUUCCAAAACCUGGAUCAAAAGUCCCUACAUCAAAGCAAAGUACUUCACCGGCAUCUUCCGGAAAUAAAGAGCCUGAAAAACUGAGGAGUACAAAAGGAAACCAGCCACCCUCCACAGCAAAAUCCCCAAAUCCCAGCAUUCCAUCUGGCCUCCCAUCUUCUGAAGGAAAGGAAUCUAGCACAGCUGUUACCCCUAGUUCAUCUGCUGCUCUUUCAAAUGCUGCAAGUAGUGGGCAAGCAACAGGAAACAGUAUUGUCCAACUUCCUCAGCAACAGCAAUACAGCCAUCCUAAUACAGCUACAGUAGCACCCUUUAUUUAUAGAACUCAUUCAGAAAAUGACAGUACUUCUCUCCCACCCGCUGACUCCUGCACCAGCCCUACAAAAAUGGAUUUGGCUUAUAGUAAGACUGCCAAACAGUGCCUAGAGGAAAUAUCUGGGGAAGAUCCUGAAGCAAGACGAAUGCGAACUGUAAAGAAUAUAGCAGAUCUGAGACAGAACUUGGAAGAAACUAUGUCCAGUCUUAGAGGAACUCAGAUAAGCCACAGCACACUGGAGACAACAUUUGACAGUACUGUGACAACUGAAGUGAAUGGGCGAAGCAUUCCGGGGUUGACAAGCCGAUCCUCUCCAGUGACCUGGAGACUUGGUCAAGCCAGUCCUCGUCUCCAGGCAGGUGAUGCUCCUUCCCUGGGUGGAGGAUACCCCCGCAGUGGUGCUAGUCGCUUCAUCCAUACUGACCCUUCUCGGUUCAUGUACACAACGCCUCUUCGUCGUGCAGCUGUUUCUCGCCUUGGGAACAUCCCCCAGAUUGAUAUAAGUGAAAAAGGAAACAGUGACCUGGACAUUUCCUCAGAUGUUGAUGUUGGAGGAUACAUGAGUGAUGGUGACAUUCUUGGGAAGAGUCUUCGUGCUGAUGACAUCAACAGUGGUUACAUGACAGAUGGAGGGCUCAACCUGUAUACGAGAAGCUUGAACCGAAUACCGGACAUAGCUGCCUCCCGAGAUGUCAUUCAAAGAGGCGUACAUGACGUGACUGUGGAUGCAGACAGCUGGGAUGACAGCAGUUCAGUUAGCAGUGGCCUCAGUGAUACUUUGGAUAACAUCAGCACGGAUGACCUGAACACCACAUCAUCCGUCAGCUCUUAUUCCAAUAUAACUGCCUCUUCUAGAAAGAAUGCAUAUGUCCAUCUGAAGACUGAUUCAGAGAAACGUUCAGUAACGGAGGGAGAGCCGUGGGGCAGCAGUGAAGAACUGAAGAAGCCAGAGGAUGAUUUGGAAGGUAACAUUGACAGCAGUGGAAAAUGGAAGGGCCAUUCCUCUGGACUGCUGGAAGAUGCUGACAAGAGUGGACAGAAAGCCUCCCUCCCUGUCUCUCAGACUGGCUCUUGGAGAAGGGGCAUGACUGCGCAAGUGGGGGCAGCACCGUCGAGGAACAAAGCUGGAGCAAGUACUCUCAAGGCACCUGGAAAAACAGAUGAUGCAAAGGCUUCAGAAAAAGGGAAGACUCCCCUCAAAGGAGCUUCUAUCCAGCGUUCUCCUUCAGAUGCAGGGAAGAGCAGCGGAGAUGAAGGGAAAAAGCCACCCUCGGGCAUUGGCAGAUCAACAGCAACAGGUUCCUUUGGGUUCAAGAAAGCUGGGGUUGGCUCCUCAACAAUCAUCACUCCAAGCGGUGCAACUAUAACAAGUGGCUCAGCAACCUUGGGCAAGAUGCCCAAGUCUGUCGCUAUUGGUGGAAAGUCAAACGCAGGGAGGAAAACCAGCCUAGACGGUUCGCAGAAUCAAGACGAUGGCAUAUUGCACGUGAGCUCGAAGACCACCCUGCAGUACCGGAGUCUGCCACGUCCUUCCAAGUCAAGCACCAGUGGGAUUCCAGGCAGAGGUGGACACAGGUCCAGCACCAGCAGCAUUGACUCCAAUGUCAGCAGCAAAUCUGCAGGAGCAGCGGCCACCAACAAGCUGAGGGAGCCUACAAAGAUUGGCUCGGGGCGCUCCAGCCCUGUUACCAUUAACCAGACAGACAAAGAAAAGGAGAAGGUGGCUGUGUCUGAUUCUGAAAGCGUUUCAUUGUCCAGCUCUCCAAAGUCAAGCCCAACCUCAGCUAGCGCCUGUGGAACGCCAGGCCUCAGGCAACCAGGUUCAAAGUACCCUGACAUUGCCUCACCCACAUUUAGAAGGUUGUUUGGUGCUAAAGCAAGUAGCAAAGCUGCCCCUGCACCAAAUACAGAAGGUACGAAAUCCACAGCUGCAAUGCCAAGCCCUAGUACCACAUUAGCCCGGCAAGGCAGUCUGGAAUCUCCGUCUUCAGGUACAGGUAGCAUGGGCAGUGCAGGUGGGCAGAGUGGCAGCAGUAGCCCCCUCUUCAGCAAACCCUCGGACUUAAAUGCCGACGUUGUCAGCUUAAGUCACUCCUUGGCUUCUAGCCCAGCGUCAGCCCACUCGUUCACAUCAGGUGGUCUCGUGUGGGCUGCCAACCUGAGUAGUUCCUCUGCUGGCAGUAAGGACACUCCGAGUUACCAGUCCAUGACUAGCCUCCACACGAGCUCUGAGUCCAUUGACCUUCCUCUCAGCCAUCACGGCUCCCUCUCUGGAUUGACCACAAGCACUCAAGAGGUUCAGAGCCUGCUCAUGAGAACGGGAAGUGUGAGAUCGACGCUUUCAGAAAGCAUGCAGCUUGACAGAAAUACACUACCCAAAAAGGGAUUAAGGUAUACCCCGUCCUCUCGGCAGGCCAGUCAGGAGGAAGGGAAAGAGUGGCUGCGUUCCCAUUCAACUGGAGGCCUACAAGACACUGGAAAUCAGUCUCCCUUGGUAUCUCCUACAGCGAUGUCUUCAUCUGCAACUGGGAAAUAUUUUUCCAACUUAGUGAGUCCAACAAACUUAUCCCAAUUCAAACUUCCUGGACCCAGUAUGAUGCGGUCAAACAGCAUCCCGGCACAAGAUUCUUCAUUUGACCUUUAUGAUGAUUCCCAGCUGUGUGGUAGUGCGACUUCCUUAGAGGAUAGACCACGUGCAAUCAGUCAUUCUGGUUCAUUCAGAGAUAGCAUGGAAGAAGUACAUGGCUCCUCAUUAUCACUAGUUUCCAGCACCUCCUCUCUCUACUCCACAGCUGAAGAGAAGGCACAUUCAGAGCAAAUUCAUAAACUACGAAGGGAACUGGUUGCAUCACAGGAAAAAGUGGCCACUCUGACAUCACAGCUGUCAGCAAAUGCCCAUCUCGUAGCAGCAUUUGAAAAGAGCUUAGGAAAUAUGACUGGCCGGUUGCAAAGCCUAACAAUGACAGCCGAACAAAAGGAAUCAGAACUCAUAGAACUCCGGGAAACCAUUGAAAUGCUGAAAGCCCAGAACUCCGCUGCACAGGCUGCUAUUCAAGGAGCUUUGAAUGGUCCAGACCACACUCAGAAAGAUUUGCGAAUCAGGCGGCAACAUUCCUCAGAAAGUGUUUCUAGCAUCAACAGUGGGACCAGCCAUUCAAGCAUGGGCAGUGGUAAUGAUGCUGAGGCCAAGAAAAAGAAAAAGAAAAACUGGGUGAACUCUAGAGGAAGUGAGCUAAGGAGUUCAUUCAAACAGGCCUUUGGGAAGAAGAAGUCUACAAAGCCACCUUCCUCACAUUCUGACAUCGAAGAAGUUACAGAUUCAUCUCUUCCAUCCUCACCCAAGUUACCCCACAGCUCUGGAGAUUGUGGGUCUUCAUCAAUAAAACCAUCCCAAUCAGCAUCCGCGAUCUGCGAAUGCACAGAGGCAGAAGCUGAAAUAAUUCUGCAGCUGAAAAAUGAACUCAGGGAGAAAGAACUCAAGUUAACGGACAUUCGUCUUGAGGCCCUCAGCUCAGCACACCAUCUUGACCAGAUUCGGGAAGCCAUGAAUCGCAUGCAGAAUGAAAUUGAGAUAUUGAAAGCUGAAAACGAUCGCUUAAAGGCAGAGACAGGGAACACUGGAAAGCCAGGCCGACCAUGUUCAGAGUCUUCAAGCAGCACAUCUUCCUCUUCUUCACGGCAGUCUUUAGGGCUCUCCUUGAAUAACUUGAACAUCACUGAUUCAGUUACAUCAGAUAUUUUACUGGAAGAUGUUACAGAUGGAACUCUCCAUAAAGAAGGCCAGAAUGUUAAAAUUAUGGUCAUGAUAAACAAGGGCUAUGGUCGAUCCAAGGAUCAAAAAAUGCAGGCAUAUUUGAUAGGAUCUAUUGGAGUCAGUGGUAAAACAAAAUGGGAUGUAUUGGAUGGUGUAAUCAGGCGGCUUUUUAAGGAAUAUGUUUUCCGAGUGGAUCCAGCUACUAGCCUUGGUUUAGGCUCAGACUGCAUAGCCAGCUACUGUAUAGGUGAUGUUAUUCGAUCUCAUAGCCAAGAAGUGCCUGAAUUGCUGCCCUGUGGAUAUCUGGUUGGAGAUAAUAACACUAUCACUGUGAACCUUAAAGGAGUAGAAGAAAAUAGUUUGGACAGCUUUGUGUUUGAUACGUUAAUCCCCAAACCAAUUAGUCAACGGUACUUUAAUUUACUGAUGGAGCAUCACAGAAUUAUCCUGUCAGGACCCAGUGGCACUGGAAAGACCUAUUUAGCCAACAAGCUUGCUGAAUAUGUGAUAACUAAAUCUGGCAGGAAAAAAACAGAAGAUGCCAUUGCUACUUUUACUGUAGAUCACAAAUCAAGCAAGGAUGUGCAACAGUAUCUUGCUAAUUUGGCUGAGCAGUGCAAUGCUGAUAACACUAGUGCUGACCUUCCUGUGGUAAUAAUCCUUGACAACCUCCAUCAUGUUGGGUCUUUGAGUGAUAUCUUCAAUGGUUUCCUUAAUUGUAAAUAUAAUAAAUGCCCUUAUAUAAUUGGAACCAUGAACCAGGGAGUUUCAUCUUCGCCUAACUUAGAAUUGCAUCAAAACUUCAGGUGGGUGCUGUGUGCUAAUCACACAGAGCCUAUUAAAGGGUUCUUAUCCAGGUAUUUGAGGAGGAAACUGAUUGAGACGGAGAUAGAGAGGAAUGCCCGCAAUAAUGACCUCAUCAAAAUUAUUGACUGGAUUCCUAAGACGUGGCAUCAUCUCAACAGCUUCCUAGAAACACACAGUUCAUCUGAUGUAACCAUUGGUCCUCGUCUUUUUCUCUCCUGCCCUAUAGAUGUUGAUGGUUCCAGAGUAUGGUUCACAGACCUCUGGAAUUAUUCCUUGAUACCCUAUAUUAUGGAAGCCGUGAGAGAAGGACUUCAGAUGUAUGGAAAACGAGCACCUUGGGAAGAUCCCUCAAAGUGGAUAGCUGAUACUUGCCCAUGGAGUUCACUGCAGCAUGAUUGGUCAUCAUUACUUCAGCUAAGACCUGAAGAUGUUGGCUAUGAAGGUUAUGCAUCUGCCAAAGAAGGAACCACUUCAAAGCACAUUCCACAGACAGAGUCAGAAGGAGAUCCUUUGAUGAAUAUGUUAAUGAGGCUGAAAGAAGCCGCCAGUUACUCAAGCGCACAGAGCUGUGACAGCGACACUGCCAGUCAUCAUGAUGAUAUUCUGGACCCCUCACUUGAAUCAACUCUCUAG